AACGUGGAUCAAGUAGACGCAAGACUGACGACCGUUAAAUGUAAAAAGGAAAAACUUGUUUUUUGGAGUGAGAACACAAUCCAGAAAUUCAAGAUGUACAGUGUAAAGCAAAAUUCAACAACCAUAUUAACAUGAAAUAAAUAAUUAAUCACAGACUUGAUUAACAACUGAUUAAAUUUUCUACAAUCAACACCCUUUAUCUGACUGAAAACUUUGUUAAACUUAACUUUUAAUGAAUCUUUGAAAUUACAGAAAACAUUAUGAGGUAAACUAGCUCUAGCAAGAUCAGACAAUUCAUUCGAUGAGACUUCAAUCUUUUUUAAAUUAUCAAUAGUAAUUUUAAUUUCUAAAUUAUGAGUACUUGCUGCCCACCUGCUCCUAAUGUGUUCUAUCUUCCUAAUGAAGUUGAACGUGUUGAUAUCCAGCAUAUUGACGCAAUUCCUCGUGUUGUUACCUAUAUGAGUAGGAAUGACUCCAUUUCUUCUGCAUUUGAUCAAAAAUGUGAGACGAUUCUUCAAUUUAGCCAGCUUGAUGUUAAGACGUGUCCAUUUCUUCAAGGUUUUCGUAACUAGAACACCAUAAUUUCUCGUAAUUUCUUUAUAAAGCCCCAUGACUAUAAGUAUUACAGCAACAACCAUCAUCGACCACAACGUGAGCAGCAAUUUUUAAUUGCUGAUGAAUUAAUCUCUUAAAAUGAAAGAAUAAAGACUUUUGUUUUCAACGUAUUCACAUAAUAAUAUCAAGUUUAACUAGUCCUGAAUCAAUUAAUACAGAGCGUUUCACUUAUAAGCAGCUUCCAUACAUAGAAAGGUUAAGCGACCGAUUAAACAAAACGUUGAAAUGUAUUGAUAACAUAAGGAUCAUUGACUGUUAUGAUUACAAAUUAGGAAACCAUUUUACUAAACUUAAGGACAAGACUGAUAAUAAUUUUAGAUCCAACUUGAUUUAUUGUGUUUUUCAUGCAAGGGUGUGAUGGAAAGUAUGUUGGUCAAACCAAUCAGUGGUUGAAGUGUAGAAUCUCGAAACAUGCAAGUGAUUGUAAACUAAAAAAGUCUAGUAAUGCUUUAUCCCAACACGUUUUGGAGUGCGGACAUGAAUUUGAUUUUCAAGAUGUAAAAAUGUUGGAUUCAGAAAGUAAUUAUUAUUAUAACAGGCUGUUCUUAGAGAUGGUACAUAUCAAUUAUACACAGAAUGCUGUAAAUUUUAAAACAGAUACUCAAAACCUUAGCAACAUUUAUGCUUAUUUGUUUACCUUAGAUAAGUUUAACCACAAUAAUUCACCCAACUUACAAAGCUCUAGUCCUAAUAACACCUCAACUUUCUCCAAUGAUAUGUUUUUUUUCAUUUGUUAAUUAGAUUUAUAUUAAUUAAUUAGAGUUAAAUUAAUUAAAGUUGAAGUUUAGAAGUUCAAUUUAAAUUAAACUUAUUAUUUGUUUCAUGUUCAUAUGGUUGUUGAAUUUUGCUUUACACUGUACAUCUUGAAUUUCUGGAUUUGUGUUCCCACUCCAAAAAACAAGUUUUCCCUUUUUACAUUUAACGGUCGUGCAUCUUAAGUCUGCUUCCACGUUUUAUUUUUAAGUUUUUCGAGUUUUUAAUUGUGUUCAUUACUCAAUUUUAAUUGUCAUCAAUAUAAUGUUGACGAAUUUUGAGAUUUUACACCUCUUCGAGUUACAAGUGCUAUAUUCACGGAAGAUCAAAAGGACAGCAGCGUGGAGUUGGCGUUUAAGUAUGCCGUGUACAGGAUAAAUAAGGACCGGGCCAUUUUGCCCAACACAACCCUCGUCUAUGACAUCCAAUAUGUGCCGAGAGACGACAGUUUCAGAACGUCCAAAAAGGCAUGUAGGCAAAUGGAAUACGGUGUACAGGCUAUAUUUGGACCGUCGGACCCUGUACUGGGACCACACAUUCAGAGUAUUUGCGAAGCUCUGGACGUGCCUCACCUAGAGGCACGAAUAGAUUUCGAGCCGUUCUCUAAGGAACUUUCCAUCAAUUUGCAUCCGAGCCAGGAGCACAUGAAUAAAGCUUUCAAGGACCUCAUGACAUUUCUGAAUUGGACUAAAGUUGCCAUCAUAUAUGAGGAGGAUUACGUCCCACUUGUUGGUGGAAAAGGAUUGUUUAAGCUUCAAGAACUUGUAAAAACUCCAUCCAUAUCAAGAAUUGAACUUUAUAUACGUCAGGCGGGACCAAACACCUAUAGACAAAUACUUCGAGAAGUUCGACAGAAAGAAAUCUACAAAUUAAUUGUCGACACUAAUCCCAAGAAUAUUCAGAAAUUCUUUCGAGCGAUACUUCAACUCCAAAUGAAUGACUAUCGAUACCAUUAUAUGUUCACAAGUUUCGAUUUAGAAAUAUUCGAUCUUGAAGAUUUCAAAUACAAUUCGGUGAACAUAACUGCGUUCAGAAUUGUAGACUUGGAGCAUCCUAAAGUUCAGGAUGCUCUCAAUACUAUGGAGAAGUUCCAACCCAUCGGCAAGUCUAUACUAAACAGGAGCGGAGUUAUACAGGCGGAACCGGCCCUAAUGUUUGAUUCAGUAUACGUCUUCUCUAAGGGUUUGGCGGCAAUGGAUUCGGGUCACUCAAUAAAACCUGCCAAUUUAUCUUGCGAUCUGGAACGGCCGUGGGAUGACGGAUUGUCCUUGUAUAAUUACAUUGACGCUGUGUCUGGCUUUCAAGGGCUAACUGGAUUAAUAGAAUUUAACGAAGGAAAAAGGGCGAAUUUCAAACUGGACCUAUUGAAGUUAAAAAAAGAGGAAGUACUAAAAGUUGGCCAGUGGACACCAUCAGGUGGAAUUAAUAUUACAGAUCCGGCUGCUUUUUAUGAUAACCAUGCACCGAAUAUCACGUUAAUCGUAAUGACCAGAGAGGAGAGGCCGUACGUGAUGGAGAAGGACGACAAGAAUUUAACGGGGAACGCCAGGUACGAGGGCUUCUGCAUCGACCUUCUAAAGUGGAUAGCAACCCAAGUUGGAUUCCAAUAUUCCAUACGCUUGGUUCCAGACCACAUGUAUGGCGUAUACGAUCCAGAGACCAAAGAAUGGAACGGAAUUGUGCGGGAAUUAAUGGAGAGGAGGGCUGAUCUCGCUGUUGCGUCAAUGACGAUAAAUUACGCGAGGGAGAGCGUAAUCGAUUUCACAAAACCGUUCAUGAACUUGGGAAUAGGAAUUUUAUUUAAGGUGCCGACGAGUCAACCAACAAGGCUAUUCAGUUUCAUGAAUCCCUUGGCGUUCGAGAUUUGGAUAUACGUCUUAGCCGCUUACAUGCUCGUCUCGUUCACCCUCUUCGUGAUGGCACGAUUUUCACCCUACGAAUGGAACAACCCUCAUCCUUGCCACCAGGACUCCGACAUUGUCGAAAACCAGUUUUCGGUCUCCAACAGCUUCUGGUUCAUUACCGGAACGUUCCUUCGACAAGGAUCUGGCCUGAAUCCAAAGGCUACUUCAACAAGGAUUGUGGGUGGGAUAUGGUGGUUCUUCACAUUGAUAAUAAUCUCAUCUUACACGGCGAAUUUAGCCGCAUUUUUAACAGUGGAAAGAAUGAUAACACCUAUAGAAAGCGCCCAAGAUUUGGCAGAGCAAACAGACAUCGCUUACGGAACAUUAUCCGGUGGCAGCACGAUGACCUUCUUUAGGGACUCGAAAAUCGGGAUAUAUCAGAAAAUGUGGCGAUUUAUGGAAGGUAAACGAUCGCAGGUGUUCGUAUCCACUUACGACGAAGGUGUCAACCGUGUCCUUCAAGGCAAUUAUGCAUUCCUAAUGGAGUCAACGAUGCUUGAUUACGCUGUUCAACGCGAUUGUAAUUUAACUCAAAUAGGAGGACUUCUGGAUUCCAAAGGUUACGGAAUCGCCACACCCAAAGGAAGCCCUUGGAGAGAUAAGAUCUCUCUUGCCAUUCUCGAAUUACAAGAGAAAGGCGUUAUCCAGAUACUGUACGACAAAUGGUGGAAGAACACCGGUGAUGUUUGCAACAGAGACGAUAAAAGCAAAGAAUCAAAAGCAAAUGCGUUAGGGAUUGAAAACAUUGGCGGCGUGUUUGUGGUGCUUUUGUGCGGUUUGGCACUUGCCAUACUGGUCGCGAUAUUGGAGUUUUGUUGGAACAGUAAGAAAAACGCCCAAACGGACCGACAGUCGCUCUGCAGCGAAAUGGCUGAAGAACUAAGGUUUGCAGUUCGAUGUCACGGCUCAAGACAAAGACCAGCUUUAAGAAGAUCCUGUGCCAGAUGCAGUCCUGCAACGACGUACGUGCCUGCAGCUCUUGAUCUGCCUCAUCUUAAUGGGGAAGGAGUAAUGUUACCCAUGAUGGAAAUGAAAAAAUCUCCAAUAACCUACGACGAGGACACCUAGCGUAAACUACACGGGGCCGUUUCAACGUUUUCGCGCUCGUCAAACGCAAUAAGGGAUUGCUGCGGAGGCCCGUCCAACCCCAAACAUCAACAACAACAGCAGUUGCAGCAACGGGCGGCGACCUUAAACUAUAAAACGGCGCCACGCUGCCCGCCAUAUUUGCCGAGGAGUUCGACCCUCGGUCGCGGUGGUCGAAAUCCUCAGACGAACUGCGACGUUGUGCCCAGGCAGGAACACGAAAAUCUCCCGCAGCGAUUUCAACAGCAAGAUGCGAUUCUCUGGAAGUUUGAUUGUGAUAUCACCGGCGUACGGCAGCCUAACGAUCCGGACCUCGUGGCCAGGACUAAUGCCGCGGUGUCGGAAGCGGUAAUUCUUACGAAUCGCACCACCUCAUUGUGAUACCUAGGUAGGAACAAUUGCGUAGAUAAUGUAAUAAGUAAGUCUGAAAAGGACUUAGGAAUGAUGGUUUCAUAUGUAUUAUAAUAUGUAUUAAUAAAAGUGUUUGUAUCGUAAAACAAUGUUUUAGUUUUUAUGAUUUUGGUUUCAAAAAGAAAUGAUGUCACGAGAGAUUAAAUCAAAAUCUUUUUAUAUUUCGGAGUAAAUUUUGCGUGAUUAUCUUGAGAUGAUUUCAAAAAUUCUCGAUUGAUUAGAGCAAGAUGAACAACUCGUUAAUUAUUUCUACUUUGUUCAUGUGAAGUAGGAAAACUUUAUUAAAUCUCAAUUUACAACAGAACAUUUUUUGUAGAGUUGCGCAGAUACAUAGAUAGAAGAAAAACUAAAACGUCAACACAUUUAUUAAAAAUAUUUGUGUUUGUUCAUUUACUGCAAUUUAUUACUUUAAUCGUUUAAAACAUCAUCAGAUUUUUUCUACCUCUAUUUAGUUAAUAAAAAUAAAUAUGUUGAAGAGAUUUUUUUAAUCCUUUUUCUGGUUAUAAAUGCUAAAUACAGACAGACUCAAUUUUUUGCUAACAAUCAAUUAGUGAUCCAUUUUAAUCACAAAUACUAGAAUAAAAUCGAUGAUUUUAGCAAAAAUUUUAGGUCUAAACCAGUUAAAAAGUGUCAAUAAUUUAUUUAAUUAUCCCAAAAAACUAUUUUAACUCUUAAACAUUGUUGUUUGUUGAUCAGUUUAACUCAAGUAGUUGUGACUAAAAUUUUGCCAUGAGUCACAAAAAUUCUUUAUGAAUUCAAUUUCAAUUUAUUGUUAGUGCUAGCGUUUGGAAUAAUUGUCCAUAAUAACGAGAGAUUGUUGGAAUAAUGAUUAGCAAUAUUUAAACUCAUUAGGAAUUACGCACAAAUCCUUGCGUUAUUAUAAUAAGGCAAUUUUAUUACAAUACUCAUGAAAAUGAAACUAUUAAGCCAGUAUUAGUGGAUUUGAUUUUGGUGAAACACAAAGCACCAUUAAUUGUUUCAGGGAUUCAAAAUUUAAUUUCACUGGAUGUUGCAUUCUGUGAUGCUAUUGUAUAAAUCAGAACUUGGUUAAAUUGAAUAACAUUGUUACUAAGAAUACUUGAUUAAAUUUUAAAAAUGAGUUGAAUGGAUUAGUUUGGAAAGUUAUUUCGGAUGCUCUAUUGAUAAUAAUUAUAUUUAAAUUUCGCUCCUUUCCAUGAUAUUUUUUCAUCUUUAAAUAUAAAUUAAAUUUAGUAUAAAAUCAGAACUCUAUUUGAGCCCAAACCGAAGGCCGAAAUCGAUCCGAAUCUUUUUGGUAUAGUGGAAUAAGAGAGACAAAGACCACGAGGUGAUUAAGAUCAACACUGUUCGCUCAUUGUGUCUUCAGCACACGGUUUUCUUAUCGAUCUACGAAUACUUUACUAAUUGGUAUUGUGGGAUAAACGAUAUCACCCCCUAAACUUGAUAUUUAUGUUUAGUUAACAAAAUAUUAUGUCAGUCGUUAAAUAUUUCUUUUUUUAUAAUAGUUAACACAUAAUUAAACUCUUUUUCCACUUUUUAAAAUUUCUUUCAAUGUAAAACAACGAAUUUUAUAAUAUAUUCAAAAAUAACACAUUUAAAAUUCAGUUUUGAAAGGUCAAAAUUGUUAUUAAAAUUUUAUUAUGUUCAUUUUACCUGUUUUGCAUGGCUAAAAAUCGAGAACCAACAAUUUUGUAAUGAAACUAUAGAAUUAUAAUGUUUAAUAAUGUAUUAUUUUUCAGAUAAUUUCUAUCGUUCAAAAUUUUCUAUUUCAGCCACAAAUAAAACUCUAAAUAAUGAGCGUUAGUAAAAUUUGAUUAAAAUUUUCUCUAUAAAUCCUUUGUAAGUGGGAUUUAAUUAUUUUGAUUUCGGCUACCUUUUUUUAAUGAUGUUAUUCAUAGUGUUCAUUAUAGCAAUAAUCGACCUCGCAUCGUUUUUAUUUAAUACCUUUUUAUUUUCUUCCUGCACAAUAAAUAUUUUUUGCUGUAAUGUUAACGUUUGACAAUAGGCUAAUAAUAAGUGAAAACAAAGCAGAAGAGCUAGUGACUUAUAAAACUUAAGUAAUAAAAUCAUUGCUUUUUUUUUCUUUUUGGAGUUGAUAGGAAGUAAAUCUCUUGUUUUGUUCGUACAAAAUAGAGAGAAUGAGGACCCGAGUCUAAACUGGGGUCGUUAAAUCUUUAAUCAAUUCUUAAGCUCCUUACUAACGUUCUAAUACUAAAAAGCUCUGAUCAAUCCUUGGAUGAUAAAAAAUCAUUGGAUUUAAGCUCAAUUUAUCAUUGGUCAUUGUUGUUUUCUUUCUAAUGUUUUUGAUUAUUUUAACCGAAUUAUCUGCACGGUUGAUGCUAAACAGGUUGAUUUUUACAUCUUUCUCGAUGAGUCCUAAGGCAUUUUGCAGAAAACAAAUUACAUCCUGUAAAAUAUAUUUCAGUAACAAUAAGGGUACAAAACGAUCAAAAAUUAAAUCUAAAUUAAAUCAUUUUUUAAAAUUAUUUUA